AUGUCGUCAGAAAUUAUAAAUGGGGCCCUAUCGUUUCCUAUGAUAGAUCUACAAGAAGAAAUAUCAUAUCCAACUCCAUUUAAUGAACCAUAUGAAUUGAUACUAUUUCCAAAGAAUAAACAACUUAUGAUCGCGGCCAAGAAAGUAGCAAUUAUUAACGGAUCCCUCAUAUCGAAGAUUCUAACUUAUGAUGAAAUCAUUAUCAAUGCAACGUAUACUAAUUUUGUAAGUAAGGCUGAAAUUACUGAAGUAUUGGCUGUAUGUUUGAAGAAAUCUAUUCAUAUUUAUUAUCCCGACGGUAGAAUAUAUUGUGUGAACUUACCAUUCACAUUGAAAAACGCAUUACCCUUUGAGACAGGAAUGGUGCUACAACGAGAUCAAAAUGAAUCGUUUAUUCCUCAUAAUGGGGCUACCUAUAGCAAUACUUCACAUUUGAAUUCUGCCACAAUGUUAACUUUGGUAGAUCCAAUUGAUGAUUUCAGGAUCAUUUCAACAACUUCAACUUCUGUGAUAUCACAAAAUGAGGAGUUGAUUACAUUCCCUCGACGGGAUAUCAACAAGAUGGGUUCAUUAGCAGUUACAUUUAAUUCCCAUGAUGGUUCAAUCAACGUUUACUAUGUCAAAUCUCCUUCUCGAAAUGUACAAUUUGGCCAGAACCUGUCCUCAAAGCUACAGAAAAGACGCUAUGGAUCAAUAACUACACCCAAUCCAUCAAGAAUUUUGGAUGAUGACGGUUCAUUUGAGCCUAUGCAUUCAAUGUCGCUCAAUAUGGAGAAAAAACGUACCAGUACAUUGUUGUCUGAUGUUUCAUCAAUGGGGAGAAUGGGCAGCGACUUCCAUAAUCUAACACAAGACUUCACUGGCUUCAAAAAAGAUAUGAUACUAUCUAAAAUUGAAACUUUUGGUAAUCGAUUGACAAAAGACUCAUUGCGUAUAUUUAAUAUUUGGUUUGAUGAUCAAGAAGGGAUUGUUGUAUUUAACAAACUCAAAAAGCAAUGUAAUGUAUUGAUUUACAAGAAUGCUUCAACUGGCAAACACCUGUUUGUUUACAAAACUUCUUGUCUUGAUUGUGUACCAUUAAAUUCAACCAAGUUUGAAGGAAACUUAAUUUUAUUGAAACAGAAUCAAAGACUCACGAUUGUCAAUCCGUUUAUUGAUAUGAGGUCAACUACAAGAAUACUGGAAUCCAAACCACAAGUGCAAUCCUUGAUUAGUGCUUGUGAUUGUAAAGUUGUUUUAAAGUUUUCCGACAAUUCAACAGCUGUUACUGAACUAGUUUUAGAACCCUCGACCCAGUUGGUUCAAUCAUGCCUAAAAUGUUUCCAGUACUUGUCGGGUUCCACCAUUAACCAGAUCAUGUGGAUGCUAUGGAGAUCUGCGUAUGUCGAAGACAACUACUGUGAUGAAUGGGAAGCAUUUGUCAUUGCUUUGCUUUCUUUGAUUUUUCCAUUUACUGAAGGGGUACAAUGUGUUGGAAAUCAAAUCACAAGACUAUUACCAGCAGCGAAGAGACUCCACGAAUCGUCUCAGGUUAAUUAUAACUUUCUUGAUUUAAUUCCUUAUAUAACAUUGUCGUUACAUUUACUUCGUGAGGAAACUAGAUUGGAUUCUACAAUGGGAAUCAGUCUAGGCAAACUAAAUUAUCUAUUGUGUCAAUUAACGACAUGGAUGGGAUGGCCAGAAUCGUGGGUAAGAUAUUAUGGUGUAAAACUGGACGCGAUUGAUCAAAAUAUUUGGUUUUUGCUGGCAUUGAUAUUACAGUCACCACCAAAUUUGUUACAUUCAUUGGCUAGUUUGUUCACAAAUAAUAUUGUUCCAUAUUUGUCAUUCUCUCAAUUGGUUGAAGAAACAGACACAGUUGACGCGUUAGUGACCCCCAGAACAUACUGUAUUUUGAAACUAUUUGAAGUUCUUGUGUCUUCACAAUAUGGCCCUUCAGCGAUUGUUGAAUUAAUGUCAGAGCUCGGGGUCACCAAAACGAUUCUAGAGACGUACCCAUUAGGAAUUGCUAUUCCUUUGAAAGAAGCCUUGCUGGUGUGCCAAGAGCAUCCAAAUUUUGAUUGGACACCCCAGGGAUUAGAUCUAGUAGGGAGACAAGAUUUGAACAAAUUCAUAACAGGACUGAGCUCAAUUAUAGAUUACUCAACAGAAGAAAACAAAACGUCAGGUAGUAUUGGGUCAUUAAUCUCAGAAGUAUUGGAUGAAAAUGAACCAUUAUCGCAUUUGGAUAGCCAGUCGGAAAUGGAGAGAUUGUCCAUUACGAAGUUGAUUUUUGAUAGUGACAGAAGGUAUUUUGAAAUCACAACACUUUUGCACCAGACGAAAGUACAGUCGGCUUAUUUGAAAGCAAAUGAAAACAUUUCCGAGUAUGAAUUGGUAUUACUACAAAGAGAGCUAGCAGUUGUUGUUGCCUUGCGUACGUUGACAAUUCCUUUAGGCAGAGCUGCAUUGGUUUAUGCCAGUAAGAAGCCAUUGUUAACAGAAAAGUUUCCUAUUCCAAAAUUUAAUUUAAAUACAUUGAUUCACCCUACUAUGACCAAUAUAGUUUAUUCAGAUGAAAGGGUACCAAAAAAUUUUUCAGAAUGGGGGUAUUUCCAUAAUGGUGUUUCAUCUGGGUUGAGUAUAGGACCAGACGCCAAGGGGAUCACUGGAAGUUGGAUAAUCUUCAACAAACCACCUGAAUUAAACUCCCAACAUGCCGGAUUCCUAUUAGGAUUGGGAUUAAAUGGUCAUUUAAAGAAAUUGGAAGAAUGGCAUAUAUACAACUAUUUGGGGCCAAAACAUCCAUUGACAAGUGUUGGAUUAUUAAUUGGUAUGGCAGCAAGUUUACGAGGUACCAUGGAUAAUAAGUUGACGAAGGUGCUUUCUGUUCACGCGGUGGCAUUAUUACCACAGGGAGCAAAUGACCUUAAUGUCCCAACGAUGGUCCAAACAGCUGGGCUAAUUGGUAUUGGUUUAUUGUAUUUAGAGACGCAGCAUCGUCGAAUGAGUGAAGUAUUGUUGUCCCAAAUCACUGCAUCAGUAUUUCAAAAUGACACUGAGAUUGUACAUGAAGGAUAUAGGUUGGCAGCAGGUAUAGCGUUGGGAUUUGUUAAUUUAGGUAAAGGGGAUGAUUUGAGAGGAUUGAAUGAUACUCAUGUCAUCGAUAAGUUGAUGACGUUGGCAAUUUCUAUGAAAGAUUUCCAACCUGUUCAAGAAUUGGGUAAAUCCUGUUGUGGCGCCAUUAUGGCUUUGGCAUUCAUUUACCUUAAAACCGAAAAUACUAAUGUGGCCAACAAGUUGAAAUUGCCUGAUACAGAUCAGUUAUUAGAUUACAUCCGUCCGGACUUGUUAUUUCUUAGAUCAUUAGCCCGGAAUUUAAUUAUGUGGAACGAAAUUGAUUGUACUAUUUCUUGGGUGGAAUCGCAAAUGCCAGCAGCUGUAUUUCAAAAAUACGUUAGAAGCGAAACGAGGGAGUUUGAUCAGCUUGAUGGUGACCAGUUGACCUAUUUCAACAUUCUAGGAGGUGCUUGUUUGUCUAUGGCUUUAAAAUUUGCUUCAUCUCAUAAUUUGAUGGCAAGAGAUACAAUACUACAUUAUCUUGAUAAAAUCAUGGAAUUGAGUACAAAGCUGGCUGUGAAUUAUGAUCAGAAAAUAGCCUACAAUGGAUGCAUCAGUCUCCAAAAUAUCUUGGCUGUUUGUGCAGCGGUUAUUAUGACAGCAAGUGGUGACUUGCAAGUGUUUAGACGACUCCGUGUGUUGCACAAUGACACUAAUAAGAAAAUGGGGUUUGGUGGAUAUAUGGCUGUCAACACAGCAUUGGGAUUUCUCUUCUUAGGUGGUGGACAAUAUGCAUUUGAUAACUCACCAUUUGCCAUUGCCAGUUUGGCUACUGCAUUGUACCCAAUAUAUCCAACGGAAAACAGUGAAUAUGAGAUCCAUUUACAAGCGCUUCGACACUUUUGGACUUUGGCACUUGAACCAAGAUGUUUAGUGGUGAGGGAUGUCAAGACAAGUAAGCCGUGUAAAAUUCCGAUCCAUAUUACAAUGAAGGAUGGAUCUACUAAAGAAAGUUUAUCACCAUGCUUGUUGCCCAAUAUCGACAGUAUUGCUACAAUAGAAACAAAAUCUGCCGAUUUCUUUAAAGUGGUUUUAAAUUUCCAAUCAAAUUCGGAGUUUUUGGAAAAAUUCAAACAGUCAUUAACAUUGUACGUGGACAAGAGGAAAAACUAUCAAAUAUUAAAACCUAAUGUGGCAUCCAUUCUACAAAACAGUCAUAAACUUAGUGAACCCAAUCAAUUGGAUAGUCUCGUGUUAGCAAACUCCGAAGUGAUGACACGUCUUGGUGAAAAUGCACAAAAGAUCUGGAAUUUUGAAAAUAAUACUCAAGCUUCUACAGACUUGUUUUCGUCAAGUACUAGUUCAGGUGUAUCCAUAUUCAACAUUAUUGAUAAUCAGUUAGAAUUGAUAGAUGAUGUUCUUUGUCCGCAAUCCAUUGAGAAAAUAUGGAACUUAAAGCUAUUAUUCGACUAUGCAUCCAAUACAGUUCGCAAUGAUGAUUUGCAUUAUGUGUCGGUUGAAUUCAUUGAGAAUUUGAAACAGAAAUUAUGGAAGAAUAUAUAG